AUGCUCUUCCAAUAUGCGCAGCUUGGCUCAGACGCCAUUCGACUCAUUCGCUUUCAUACUCGCACCAAAACCAACGAUGUGCAUGUAACACUCGAACACCAAGCGAGAUACUGGGAGCCAGGUGUUCGCUAUUCAGUGCUUUCCUACCAACCUGCUGGGCAGGAUGUAGAUCGGACAGGCAUCACUCUGAAUGGCAGAACAAGAAUGAUCGACUCCAAUGCCUGGAGUGCUCUCGCUGAUGCCGCGAAGACCAGCAAAGAAAACGAUCGUUACUGGCUUAAUGCACUUUGUAUCAAUCAACAAGACAAGGCUGAGGCGAUGGAGCAGCACAGACAAUUGAGACAGAUCUAUGCUGGAGCCGAGAAGGUGGUACUUCGGCUGCAUUCUUCCAGUCACGAUCAAGCACUGGGAGAUUUGGCGAACCAAGCACAGGCUUACAUUGAUCAAGCCACUGAUCGGGAGGCUCUACUUCAGGCAAAGAAACUUGUCGUGGCCCUUGACGAACAACAAAGCGAACUUGAUGCGAAUGAUUUGAAAGAUGUUUCACGUGCUAUCCGAGAGUCGCUGUGA